CGUCGUCUUGGGAGAGGCUUUAGAAGUUCGUCAGAGAGUUAGGGAGUGACGCAAGAAACUCGGAUCUACCCAGAGAAGGGAAAAGGAUCAGAGAGGGAAUAAGUGAAGGAAACAACGCCGAUUUCACUGACAGGAAUCAUCGGACAGCAGCACCUCGGACUCCUGUCCUCUCAAGCAGCACCACGCACCCGGGUCCUCCUGACGCCUGUGAUGCGAAACAAGGAGCGGCGCCUGGUGGUGGGGCGGCCUUGGGCAGGGAGCGCAGAAGGGCAGGUAGAUGGUGCCCACGUCGAGACGCCAGCAGGCGUCGUCCUUUUAUCCAGAGCAGUACCUGCAACCUAGUCAGUGUUGGGGAGGGUCUCCUGCAGACCGCGCUCCGAACGGCCCGGGCCCCGCCCACCGUGCUCCGAAAGGCCCGGGCCCGCCCACCGCGCCGCCCGCGCCCUGCGGAACUCUGCUACGCGGACGUGUUUGGCGGGGAGCGAAUUCGGCGUCGGUCCCGAAGCCCUCCUCAGGCUCUGGGUACGGCUGCAGCGCAUGGCGGCUCCAGGACAUCCUGCUCGGGAGACAUCGGCAGCCCCAGUCUGUCUGCUUAGGGCACCCUACGUGCAGUGACGCUGCCUCCAGGGCCAAGAAGCAAAAGAAGAAGAAGAAAACCCGGAAUGGGGCCUCUGCGGCGAAUGGAGGCGGGAAGGCCACAGAAACGCCGGCCCCAGAGGAAGCCCCGCUAAGUGCGGAGGCCCAGGCGGAGCAGCUGGCCCGGGAACUGGCCUGGUGCGUGGAAAAGCUGGAGCUGGGGCUGAAGAUGCAGAGACCCACCCCUAAGCAGAAAGAGCAAGCUCUUGGGGCAAUCCGAACCCUGCGCAGCCAAAGAACCCCCCUGCCCCGGAAGAGGCAGCUGAUGCGCUCCUUGUUCGGGGACUACAGGGCUCAGAUGGAAGCCGAGUGGUGCGUGGCCCUGCGGGCUCUCAGGACUGCUGCCCACUCAGUCCAGUUGCAGCCUGUAGGUGAGGCCGCCAGAAAGAAGAGCCGAAGGGUCUGCAGGCCUCGUCUAACAGGGAGAGCCAAGGACACCCUAGACACUCCUCAUGAAGAGUUUAGCUUCAAUUUCUUUUAGCCUGUUCCCCAUUCUGGAACGGUCCUCCUCUGCAGUUGGUGCAGGGGUUUGUCUUGAGUGCAGAACUUUCCCAGGAAUGCUUUGUCAUACAGAUGUGGGGUUGCUCUGUCCCUGGCUGGUCAGUGAAUCUGGUGCCAUGGCUGUUGGGCAGAUGCAAGACCUGCAUGUUGGGUACUGACCUGACUGUGAGACAAGCCCAGGACCCCGUUUAUAGGUUUUCAGCUGAAAUGUCUCUCCUGCCAGAAGAGGGAAGUCCAUUCAGAAGUUUCUACAGUAAACUGAAGUGAGUGUUUAGCAUGUUGUAGAAGGACUCUUUUAACAGGCUUAGGAGCAGACUAGGUAGAUGUUGGUAAUAAGGAUUAGUGGGGAAGCUACAUAGUUGUACACUGGUGCUCACUUAUGGAAGGAUGUUCUGUCAAGUGGUGUAGAGUUCCAUGCCAUUGUGUCACAUUGCCAUAAUAAAAGUAUUCCUCAUAAAA